AUGCCAUUUUUUAAAGAUCUCUUUCGUCCGUCCAGUGCCCCCCGGGCUUCCCGUUCGACUCAUCGCGCCUGGCCUCUACUGAGGCUUUCGAGAAGCGUGCCGCUGCCAAAUCGACCUGAGCACAAAUUGAGCAUCACUGAUGACCCAGAGUGGAAUCUGAUCGGCCACGGGGAGACGUACACUUCUCCUGCUGAGAAUGUACUGUCAAGUUCGCCUGACGAUCAUAUCUCGCCUUCCCAAGCAGAAUACGGCCCGCAAACUUCCAUUGGUGCGACAUCUGCUCACAAGCGCAGUGAUUCCAACGAAGUUUCUCAGUCUCAGCAUGGCUCCAAGCGCCUCAAGAGCUUUGUGCGCCGCCUGCGGGGAAGCAAAUCCCAAGAACGAGGUUCUGCGCUAUCAAUGAGGGAAGCUCUUAAACAGACUGCGCCCGGCGAUGAUAGCCCUCAGGCGACCACCGACCCUGCCAAGAGAGAAGUUAACCCUCCAAAUGCGCCCGUUGACCCUGAGGAUGCAGAAAUGAACCGCAACGUCAGCGCCCAGACAAGUGGCUCUCAUGAAUCCAAGGACACUGCCAUGACCGUUCGUCGAUACUCGUCUCAGUGGCCCCUCCAGGAGCUGGAAGAAGGCUGGUUGAACAACAUGUUGAACUUUCACCAGCACUCUGAUGGGUCAGAGCAUGCAUCACAAUGUUCCUCCUCAGAGCAUCCCUCCUCGGCGCUCCCUCUCUCAGACUACCCCUUCUUAGAGCAGCACCCGCAGCACACCCUCUCAGGGCACCCUCUCACAGCAUCGGAUCCUUUCUCUGAUGGCAGGGUUGCAGAUAGUCCACUCCCAACCCGAGAAUCUUCCCAGCACAGCGACAAACAUGGGAAAGGAUCGUCUGGGAAUUCGCAGGGACAACUGGAGUCCGAGAAGACCAAACGUACUCUUAACCCAUCAACCAAGUCGCAUGCCAGCUCCCGUCAGGUUUCGAUGCUGAGCCAUGCCUCUGUUGCCAGUAAAGCCAGUCGAGGCAGUCGACUGAGUCAUCUCGACCCAACCAAGGCGAGUGUGGCAUUCAAUGCACUGACUGCGAAGUUGAAUCUCCAGUUUCACAUUCAUCCAGCUGUUGUCGAGGAUAUUACUCCCGGCUCUGACGCUGACGAGAAGCCAAGUGUCGACGAGGAGAACGUAUUCCGGCGACACCGAUUGUUCCGUCGAGUUCGCUCCGUACAGUCGAGCCUGAUCCUGGGAGUUGAUUCUCAGCCGCCGGCCCCGAGACUACGACGAGCAAGGACAUUUGCUAGCCUCGGACGCCGGGCAGAUUCCAUGAGUUCUCUGCAAGGCAGAUCUUUGGAGACUCUGGCUCGUUUGGGAGGCCAUAGCUUUAUUGUCCUGCCUUCACACCUGGCCCCUUCUCCACUGCAGCUACCUGCAUGUAUUGUGAUGUGCGUGAUGUACUUGAGAAAACAAGGUGCCAGUACCUCGGCCAGACUUUUCAUCGAGCCGGGCAGCAUCAAGAGGGCCAUUAGUCUGUACGACGAAUUUGCUAAGCAUGUUCUGUCUGCCGAGAAAGACAAGAGCCAGAUCGCCCUCACCAUGCGGGUGAUCGCCAUGCCGCAAAACGAGACCGACGCCUCGCCGCAUUAUGCACUUGUCGUGGCCUGGGCGCUCAAGGCCUUGCUGGAAGGACUACCCGGCGGCAUUCUCGGCUCCGCUCGACUUUAUGAGGCUCUGAAUCCCCGGGUGCGUCUUCUCUCGCUCGCCAUUAUUGCGCUGACCAGCGAGAUGCAAUGUGCGCUCAUCUGCGCAAUUUUCGGACUGCUCACUGGCAUGCUGCAGGAGAUGAAACGCCUCGCACAGCAGGAAGUGUCCGGGAAUGCCCUCCGACCGGUGGCAAGCGUAACUGAUGCCGAUAGGCUGGCCCGGGUGUUUGGUCCGCUGCUGAUAGGAUCGAACAUUCGAGAUAGCGAACCGGACAAAGUGGAACGGGAGGUCGAGGAGCAACGUGUGGCGGGGCUGCUCCUUGAACAUUGGGGCGGCGUAUGCCGAAAGAUGCGUGAAUGGGCUAGCGGAUCAGGCAAUCGGCGUUGA